AUGAAUGACGUGAGAGAUAUGGACACUGGAUCUGGUCUCACUCUGCAAGAGAGAGAAUCGAUGCUAAAUGUAGACCAAAAACGCAUCUUUAAUCACGUAAAAGCUCAUCUCUUGAGGCAAAUUCAAUACGAAAAUAAAUCGAAACAAGAGAAGGAGCAAUCAGAAAGUGUAAAACCGUUGCACAUGUUCAUCAGUGGUGUAGGUGGCACCGGCAAAUCUUUUCAUAUUGAGGCAAUUAAAGCACUAGUGAAAAGCCUCUGGUCAACACUGACCAAACACACAUGUGCAGUUUGUGCUCCAACAGGAUUGGCAGCUUACAAUGUGGGAGGUGUGACAGCACACAGACUGUUUCAGCUGCCAAUAGAACAUGAUGGACAAUGUGCUUCAUACUGGUCCAUACCAAAGGCUAGUCACAAAGUAAUGAAAACAGAACUUCAGGAUCUGAAAAUGGUAAUCAUUGAUGAAGUGUCCAUGGUUUCUAGCCUCAAUCUAACUUACAUACACUUGAGAAUGAAUGACUUAUUCGAAUCAGACGAAUGGUUUGGUGGCAAGAAUGUCCUCUUUGUAAGUGACAUCCUUCAAUUGCCACCAGUUUGUGGACAACCAGUGUUUGACAAAGUAACAGCAUCAACACUGAAAUACAGACUUGGUAGUAUGGGUGCAGUGAACAUAUGGCAUGAUACUGUCACCUAUGACGAAUUGACAAUAAAUUAAUGGCAAAAAACAGACCAGAAAUUUUCGGAAAUGUUGGACAAAGUGAGACGUGGCUUUCCAGACGAUGAGACUCUCGCUACACUUUCCGG